CGAAGAGGUACUUCAUUUCAUUCUUCUGAUUUUUUUUUUGUUUUUGGCUUUUCAUUUCAUUUUUCGUUGUUGAUGGUACUUCUCGAGGGAGCAAGCCUCUAGAGAUCCAGAUAAUUACUUAAACAUCAGAACACUUACUUGCCCAGCAGCUGAGAGCGUGGAUGGUUCAAAGGUUUUAUAUUUCGAACAGGACUCCUCAGAAACCCUUUCGGCAGGUAAGCUAUAUUGCGAAGAGCUUUGCUGAUCGGACAACCUAUGACAACUGAAGUUUUAAUGAAUAAUGGACAAACCAUAAUUUUUUGGUUGCAGAGGUUUUUCAUGGUGAAGCCUUGCCCAAAAGAUCUGAAAUGUGAUGUUGAGGUAAGUUCCUAUGCAAUUAGAGAUGUGGAGGAGUACAAGAAUUUAUGUGAUCGCCCAAGGGACCAAUGCCCACUACCUGAAGAAGUUAUUGGUGAUAUUGCAGAACAUCUAACAACUAUAUAUCUCAAACCAUGUGGAAGGGGGAAACACUGUUUAUAUGAAGGUUCAACUCCACCUGGUGGAUUCCCGAAUUCAUGGAAUGGAGCAACAUACUGUACUUCAGAACUUUCAAUUUUGAAGAAUAAUGAGAUACAUACCUGGGAUAGGGGUUAUGAUGAUGAUGGAAAUCAGGUUUGGGGAGUGAAGGAAGGUCCUUAUGAGUUCAAAUCUGCACCUGCCUCUUGUUUCAAUGGCAUGUUUUCGCCUCUAAAUUUCCCCCCAUCACAACCCAUGGAGAAAAGGAUAGAGGGUUCAUUUGUCUUGCAAGAAUGAUUGACUGUUACAUAUACUUUUUA